AUGUCUGUGGAUUGGGAUCCUUGGUUCGCCUCCUACAUCGCCAUGGAGGUGGUUAUCGCGGUGUUGUCGGUACUCGGGAACGUCCUUGUGGUCUGGGCGGUGAUCCUCAACCGCUCCCUCAGAGACACCACCUUCUGCUUCAUCGUCUCGCUGGCCCUGGCCGACAUCGCAGUGGGCUCUCUUGCCAUCCCGCUCGCCAUCACCAUCAGCAUCGGGUUGCAGACCACCUUCUACAGCUGCCUCGUGGGCACCUGCACCAUGCUGGUGCUGACCCAGAGCUCCAUCCUGGCGCUGCUGGCCAUCGCCAUCGACCGCUACCUGAGGGUCAAGAUACCCAUGAGCUACAGGUGGGUGGUGACACCCCGGCGUGCGAGCACGGCCGUGGGGCUGUGUUGGCUGGUGUCCUUUAUGGUGGGCCUAACACCCUUGCUUGGCUGGAACAAGCUGCAGCACGCCAACGGCUCCGUGGGCAGUGGGCCCGAGGCCCAGAUGACCUGUACGUUUGAGAACGUCAUCAGCAUGGACUACAUGGUGUAUUUCAACUUCCUCGGCUGGGUGCUGCCCCCCCUGCUGCUCAUGCUUCUCAUCUACAUAGAGAUAUUCUACAUAAUCCACAAGCAUCUCAACAAGAAGGUAACAGCCAGCCAAGCGGGCCCCAGGCGACGCCAAGACUACGGCAAGGAGCUGAAACUGGUCAAGUCCCUGGCACUGGUGCUGUUCCUCUUCACCGUCAGCUGGCUCCCAGUGCACAUCCUCAACUGCAUCACGUUGUUCUGCCCCAAGUGCGUUGAGCACAGGAAGGGCAUUCGCAUCGCCAUCCUGCUGAGCCACGGCAACUCGGCGGUCAACCCCGUCGUCUACUCUUUCCACAUCAAUAAGUUCCAUACGGCAUUCCGGAAGAUCUGGCAGCAGUACAUCCUGUGCAGGGAUCCGGUGGGCAAGCUGCCUCAGAAAAGUGGUCAGAGUGGCUGGAACCACGCGGUGAGGCGCAGGCAGAACAGCAAGGAUGCCCAUGAGUUUUGAUCCGGAGUUCAUUGGUUUGAGUUGGGGCCUCAGGACACACAUCGGCCAGGAUUCAUUACAUAAUCAAUUCAGAAUUGUAUGAAUUCUGGGAUUCAAACAUUGCCUUGUUAUGUGGCGAUUUCAGCAGAGCAAUCACUGGGUCCUUCAUGGAGAUAGACACAGACUCUAAUAAAAGAGACUUCGGUUUUUCCGUCCAUAGAAUUAAGGACUACAAAUAUGGAGGCCAAAUGGAGAUCCGGAAUUAGCCAACAUAAUCAUAGACACGUGACUUGAUUUGUUUUGAUGUCUUAAAUGAGAAAUUAUGUCAUAUGGGGUAAGGGGCUUCACACAAUCUCCAACAGGAAUCUCUAACAAUGUGCUUGCAGUAUAUCAUAGUAUUUACAUGCCCUCAAUAUCUUUCUGCCUUUUCCGAAUGACCUUGCUUGAAUCUCAUUAGGAGAGAAAAAUUCAGUUUGCUGUGCUAUAGUGCUUUAGUAUACAUUUUUUUUAUAUAAGUAAAAUAAGUCAUAGUUUAACAGGAGAGUAAACAUAUUGUGAAGAUAUUGUUUGCUACCUUUGAGUACUAAUAUAGAUAAAGGUAGAAGCCAGUAAGACUUUGGCCAUAGCAGUGAGCUAAUUAAGGCUAUGACACAGGUAAGGCUGUGAUAAUCGGUACAACAGACAACUGUGAUGUGAAGAAAAAAAUAGAGGAUAAUAUGACACUUAACAUGCACUUUCUUUUUUAAUAAAGGUGAUCUCAAAAUGAAACCUUGCAGACAAAUAGAGAAAUUACUACUGAAACGAGAGUAUUAUGGUGUGCGGUUUCAAACAAAUGUUAAUUUAUUUAUACAAUAGAAUAUACCUAAAAUAGUCAUGAUAAAUCUGAAAACAAUAAAUUAUUAUAUGAACAUACCAUCUAUAAAUGUUAAUACUAGAUAUAAAAUACUUUACAGUUGCUCAAAUAAGCAUUAGCUUAUUGUGCUAUAAUAGUUAUUUAGCUUUCUACCAACAGGUCCUGUGUCUAUGUUUCUUCAUAGAAUAAAUUACGUACCCAUAUGCACGCACACACAUACAAACAUUGGAGAAGGGAACCAUCUAUUAGUAUCUUCUUGAGGUUUUAAGACAUUAUUGUUCUGUCUCAAGCUGUCCAUCUAUAUAGCAGUGAUGUGAAAAGUCAAAAAUACUGUACAAUUUAUCUGUAUUAUCAACAUGGACUACCUGGUGCUACAAGUAAAAUAGCGUAACUUUACAUUGGAGCAUAUCAGGCCUAUUGACUAUCUAUCUGCAUAUGUGUGUGCUUUCAUAUGUGUGUAUGGUUUUCUGAGUUCAUGUUUGGGUAUGCACAAAGAGAUGAUUGCAAAACUAGGUGUAACCGAAACGUUAUGUUAAGUCAGGAUGAAACACAUUUGUUGUGUAAAAAUUACCACAAUAAAUGCUGCUUUUCUAUGUAG